AUGAAUCUUGUCUUCCCCUUCCUCCUCCUCUUCUUCCCAUCUCUCUUCAAUGCCCAACCCACCACCAAUUCUCCCUCCCCUGCCCCGACUCUAGCUCUCGACUCGACCCAACUCAAUCUCACGCAUAUCCUCUCCACGCAUGGCUGCUCCGCAUUUUCCCUAGCCCUCGUAAGUUCCACAUCGGCGAAGAAAGCCUUCAACGACGUAGUCGAGGGUGGCUUGACCGUUUUCUGCCCAAACGACGACGUUUGGAGCGAGUUUUCACCCAAGUUCAAAAACCUGACUCCACCCGCUAAAACCUCGCUCCUAGAAUUCCACGGUGUCCCAAUUUACAUGCCGUUGUCAGUUCUGAAGUCCAACAACGGUGACACCAAUACGCUGGCCACCGAUGGUGCUGCUAGAUUCGACUUCACGGUACAGAACGAUGGGGAGGAUGUCACCGUUAAAACCAGCAUUACGACGGCUAAGGUGGAUGGGGCUGGUGUUUUUGAUGAGGAUCCGUUGGUUGUUUAUGUGAUAGAUAAAGUUUUGGAGCCGGAAGAGUUGUUUACUGUGGACGUGGUGUCUCCGCCAAAGGGGAGCUCGGAUGUGGGAGCGGCUCCAUCAUCGGAUGCGCCGGCAGAUUCUCCAGACGAAUCUCUGGCGGAUCAAAAUGCUGAUGGCAACUCUGCGGUUAGAGUCGAGGGUGGAGAGUUUCAUUUCAUGGCAGUAGCUUUGUGUGCAUGGAUGGGGUUUUCACUGCUGUAA